AAUCGGCGAAUGGCGGUCAGCUAACGUUACCAGUAAUGUUGAUAGUGAGACGAAGAACUGGACUAUCUGCGGGUUUAUGAGCUUCACUGGCGGACACACAGUCUCUGUAACCGGGGAUGGCCCUCAUGACGAUGUCGCAGUUUGAAUCAAUUAUUUCAGGUCAAAGCCAAAAAGAAACUGCAUUAUUUCCAAAAACAGGAAAUAGCCCAUUCUAAACUCAAGGAUGUCUUCACCUUGCCUGACAUUGACACUCUCUUCGAUGACAUUGAUGCUGACUCUGAGCUGGGUUUGCCUCUGCUUCCUCCAUUGUCCAAAAGCACUGGUGUAAAUGGUCAGAAAAAAGGCUCACGUGAUCCAAAAAAGAUGAAGGCAUCAUCUAAGAAGGUACACAAGGAUUCUUUGAUCCAAGAAAAUGGCAUUCAAGAGGAUGAAAUAAUUGAUAGAGAGAGUCCAUUUAAAGAUAUUGCUCCCAUAAAGACGUCCAGUCCUAUUGCUUUGGCAACAGAGAGGGAUGAGUCCGGGGAUGGAGUCAGACCUGUGGCUGAUCCUCUUCUCUUUGGAGUUGAGGAUGAGGAGCCCAUUGGUGGAGACUUAAGCAAGGUGUCCUGCAUUCAGCAGUCAGAACUGCCGAAGGAAUCUCUCUAUGGGGAUAGCGGGUCUCUGGCAUCACCACCAGAAAAGCUUGAAUUUAGAAAAACUGCUAAAUCAAAUGCGGGUUCCUUUUUAAGUAUGAAGCUUGCAAAAAACACUAAAACGUCAAUGCAAGCCACCCAGUCUACACCUCCAGAAAAGAGGGAAGACAUAACAAUGGAUAAAGAUCCUGGUCAGCUUUCUCCUGUUUUGGGUCGGAAGAGUGAACAAAAACUUCGGGUGGCAGAGCAAUGCAGAAACCAAGUAAUGGAGGAUCCAGGCAAAGGACUGUCUUUCCAGCAGAAGCUUAAAAAAGCCAUGAUGCCUAAAUCCCCAUGUUCCAGGAAACGAGCAGCAGUUCCAGCUCCUCCACCUGUAGAUUUAGAGGAGGACUUCAUGAUCCUGGACGAUGAGGCCCCUGUUCUUUUCAUCAUCCCUCGCAAGGCAGAGGUCAGCAGGAACAAAAGACCUGUCCCAGCAGACACUGCAAAGGAGAAUGUUCUUACAGAGCCGCACUCCACAGAUCAGCUCCCGCAGAGUGAAGCGGAGAUGAAAAAGCAGCAUGGGACGGAUGCUAAAAGAAACGAAGCACAAAUCGAGUCUGGUAAACAAAAACCGAAAGGAAAACAUGGAAAAGCUUCAAAAAAGAGUGGUAAAGACUCUGUGACUCAUGAUCGUGUAGAGGAUGGAGCGGACCCUGUAACCGAAGCGCAUGAGGACAGAGUUUGUGAUCAGACCUCUUCUCAAACUGUAGAGGGACACAAAGAAGUGCAAGCGGUUACAGGCAAGAAACGGGCAAACAGCAAAGCACCUGAGCCUGCUGAACUUUCUGACAAAGAUGAAACAGAUGCAGGUGGCAACCAAGAAAUUCCAGUUCCUGUGUCUAGAACCACAAAGAAAUCCUCAAAAUCAUCUAAACAGGAGAGGUCAGGGUCAAAUGUGAAGAAGGAAUCCAAUAAAGUCACUGCUGCAGCAGCUCUUCACUCCACAAACUCUGUGAAAUCCAAUAAAAAUAGAAAGAACAGCAAAAAGGAGGAAACUGUCUCUAAGACAAAGAAACAAACUUCUAAACAACAAAUAGAGUUAGAACAGAUAGAUCCUUCCUGUGAUGAGCAAGAGCAUGAACCUCCACCUGCCCUCAAUGAGCAAGAGGAGGAACAAAGAACAGCUGUGAAUAAAAAAUCUUCCACCAAGGAAGAUGCCGUGGAUCCCGCCAAAAAACAGAAGAAAAAAGAAAUGCAAAAGCAGGAACCAAAACCAAAGGAUCCACCAACAACUGCAUCUGACAUUUCGUCAGACAGUCCUCUGUUUGCCAAGAGGAAAAGGAAACCUCCAGGAGCAUGGUGGCUCUCUAGCCCAAAUGAAAGUAGCACAGAGCUUCAGCCAACGCAGGUGUUGGGUACGGCACAAGGGCUGAAAGCCAGUACAAAAAUGUCAACGAAGCAAGGAACUGCUGUUGAUUCUGAAGAAACACCGUCUCUCAGGCUUGCCCAGGGGAAUCAGAAGAAAACAAAAACUCACGAUGUGAAAAAGGUGUUUGCAGGUGGCAAUGGACAUGAUACUGGAGCUGAGCAGAAGACCGCUAAGAAGACAAGUGGUCGAAGGAAACCAAAAUCUGCAGCCACUCAACCUCAAGUGGCAUCACCAGCUCAUGUGUCAGGAGAGGAAGCGGGAGUUGGUCCGAGUGAGAAUGCUGUGAGGAUUAGUCCAGAAUUCUGUAGUCCUCACAGACUGCACAACGUCCUACCAGGUGAGAAAAGAGUGUUUGACUGGGUUUACUCAAGAGAAAAUGGCUCUGCACAGAAACCACCAUCCUCUUCUCUUAGAAGACCAGAGAGUUCUGCAUCAGACAACUUUCCACAGAAAAGACAAAGAAAAGCUCCGUCCAAUUGGUGGGAGGCGCCGCAGUCUCAGGAACCAGCUGAUGGUCUUCCAACACCUCGCAGUCCUCCUCCACAAAAAUCCAAACUAUCAAAAACUCCUCUUCGUGGUGCAUGUAAUAAGGAGGGAAAUUCAAUAAAAUUGCAAAAAACUACAAAUCGCAUAAAAAGAAACAUAAUCAACACACCAAAGUCAAUUAAACGAUCUUUGGCCUCAAUGAAUGCAAUUUUUGCUUCUGAAAAACCUGAAAAUUUGGUAAAAAGUGGACAAAGGGGCAGAAAACAGGGACGCAGAAACCUUCUUCACUCUCUUGAGGACCAGUCAGAUCACUCAAGUGAGAAUGCGGCCCAAAGUGAGGAUCAGCCGCAGGGAAACAGACGCGCCUCCUUUGGCUUCACCAGUGGUGUUACCGUGGAGCCGCCAGGGACCAGAAACAGAACGAGUGUCCGAGUAUCCAGUGGACCCAACACUUUAUCUGAUGUUGACGUUGCUUUCAGAAGUGGGCCGUCAUCAAUGCUUGAGCUUCAGCAACAUGAUGAAGGGGAUGAUGAUAUUGAUUUGCCAUCGUCUAGGGUGACACCCCAUGUGCGACAGGCUGCACGGGUGUUGGCGCACUGUGAUCUCUGUGGGCCUCCGUUGCAGCCUGUUGUCCUGGAAAAUGAGGACUGGGACAACCUACAUGUGUGGUUCUCUCACUUGUGGCCACCAGCCUCGAAAAACGGACGAGUUAUUAGUCCUGAUGACUUCCACUGGCACUCCCAUGGAGGCCGAGCAAUAGGCCACAUGGUUGACCUCCAGAGCCGCUCUUUCUCACACGGAAAGAUUCUACUGGGGUCGUUCAUGAAGAAACCCUCACAGGUGGAUCAUGAUAUGGUUUCUGUAUUCAGCAUCAUCUCAAGUUGUGUGCGUGUUGAUAUGGAUGGUGUAAAGUCAGUCUACAAUUGUGGAGAAGUGUUUAUGAUACCCUCUGGACAAGCGUAUAGCAUCCACAACCUGUGUCAGGAACCUGCAGUGCUGAUUUACCACAGGACACUGUCGAUUGAUUCGACGAGCGGAUUGACAUGAUGUGGCUUCCUUUGAAAUAUUCAGCUGCAUCAUUUUUUUAAAAGAUAAAAUUGUAGAUUUACAUAUAGUACACUUGCUUGUCUGGCAAAGCUCAUAAAUGCUAGUUGUUUUUUGUGUGUAAAUAGCUUAAAGAAAAUGUCAACAUUGAAGAGACAGUAAAACAUGAUUUUAUGAUGCUAUAUAAAAAGCUUUUCAAAACCGUGGUCUUAUUAAUAUACGUGCACAUUUCCAUGUUUCCUCUCUGAAUGCUACUCUAGUUUUUGUGAAUAAAUUUGUUGGGUGGUCAGCAGGGGUCAGCAGAUCCUUUACUAUAUUAUAUUGCUGUUGCAUGUCCAACUUGUUUUUAUACUCCGAAGUAGUGCUGUUUAUUUAAAAAAAAAAGUGAAAUUUGUCCUUCAAUUUAUUAGUAACCACGUCACAGUUUCCAUCUCGUGUGUGUGAUUUCACUGCAUUUGUUUUUGUAAUAUUGAUAUGAACUCUUCCUCGGCCCAAUUUGGUAAUGUAUUUAUGUAUAGACUUGUAAGAAACAUGUUUGUUUGAAUGUU